CUUUAGUCCCUUUUACUUAGAGAGUGCCUGGCCAACAAAGUACCUAUACCUCCACUAUGAAUGGCAUGAAGCAUUGAGGAGUCAGCCAGGAGAGCCCUGUUCUGUCCUGCACCUGCAGAGUGACUUGGAAGUGCUGAUGAGCUCAGGGCUGUGAGCAGAGGCUGGGCUUUUGUCCCUUUGCAGAUACUUGGUGGGCACACCCAUGUGUGAUAGGUCAGGCAACAGCAAUUUCAGCUUUGGUUGCUGAGACCAAACUGAGCUGGGCUAGGUCAUGAGGAAAGGCUGCCCAGUCACCUGGAGGGGCCUGCUUUGCUAUGUAAAGUGGCAAAAUAGUCCUGCUGUAUCUGAGUUUCCAUGCAAGCCAUUUUGCGUACUAAGGUGUAGGGAUCUUAAGGCACAUCUUACUGGAGAAGCUGCCCCUGUGUGCCAGGAGCAAUUGCUCUUCAUCUUCACGCCUUGUAGGUCAGAGAAGGAGAGCCUGCAAAGCAGCCUGCUGGAGGCACAGCAGCACUUAUGGGAGCUGGAGAUGGCCAGGAGCCGUGUGGAAGCCCAAGUGCACAGGGCCAGGCAGGCCAAGGAGGCGAUACUGGAGGAUGUGAGGGGCCUUCGUCGUGAGCUGCUGGCUGUAAGAGCGCUCAGCCAGCAGCAAUGUGAAGACAUGGCUGAACAGCUCCGCUGGGCACAAGAGCAGUGCUGCAAGGCUCUGAGACUCUGGCACUCUGCCCAGGAAGAGGAAAAAAUGAAUCUCGUGCAAGAACUGGAGAGACAACUGGAAGAGCAGCAUGUGGAGGCACGGAAGCAGCUGGAGGAACGGGCAAACUUCCUGGCAGAGGUGCUGCAGGAAGAGCAGCGUCAGAAGGCUGCUGUCAUCCACAAGGUGUACCAGCUGCAGAGAGAGCUGAAGCAAAGUGAGCAGCUGAGGCAGAGGCUGAAUGAGCAGUGGCAGAACGGGCAGAUCAUGCUGCAGGCUGAGCUGCAGGAAGCUGAGAGGAAGAUGAGGGCAAUGGAGAAGAGGCACCAAGAGGAAAUGGAAAGGAUGCACAAGGUCCUGCUGCAGUGCAGGCUGGCUGAAGAAAAGCAGGUGGACGCAGGAUCUGCCAUCGAAGCUGCUGGUGCAGCAGCAUCCUGCCAAGAAGCCUCCUCUCCACAGCCUGAAAACCAGAGCAUGAGCAGCUCGGCCCACUCAAGCCAGGAGAGAGAGAAGCAGUUCCUGAAGCUGCUGAGUACGUCCUGGGGAUUUCUUGUGUGACCGAGCAGUGUUUUAUAGUGUGUGAGCCUCAGCAUGGGCUGGAGCACAUGUUCCUCCUGCCUUUGGUGUCAGACAGAUAUUGUGGAUCUCUACAGAAGACAGUGUUGUGCUUGGGGGCAGCCAGGCAGCACUUUGAGGCAUUCCUUUUGCCUUUGAGGGCAGCUGGGAGUGGGGGGGCUUUGCCUGAGCUUCCCUGUGCAGUGAAGA